AUGAAAGAUUUAUGUGCCAUGGUAAAACAAUUGGGUAUCCCAACUUGGUUUUGUAGUUUUUCUGCAGCAGAUAGACGAUGGAAGGAAAUUGUGUAUGCUAUUCUUAAAUCUCAGGGAAAAGUAGUCCCUGAUGAGAUGGAUUGGACAGAACACUGUAAGGUUAUUAACAGUAAUCCAGUUAUUGCUGCAGCCAUGUUUGAUAAACGCAGUCAUCAUCUAAUCCAUGACCUAAUCAAGUCUGCUUCACACCCAAUUGGCAACGUGACUGAUUUUUUCUAUAGAAUAGAAUUUCAGCAAAGGGGGUGGCCUCAUAUUCAUGCAUUGUUUUGGGUGCAAGAUGCACCUAUUCUAGAUAGAUCUGAGCCAACAGAUGUAGUAAGUUUCAUUGACAAGUAUGUUACUUGCCAGUUACCACAUGAAGAGGAACCUUUGUAUGAGAAAGUAUCCAAAUUACAAAUGCAUAGUAAAAACCAUUCACGUAGUUGCAGGAAGGGUAAUCAAACUUGUAGGUUUAAUUUUCCAAGACAAGUAUCUACCAGAACCUUCAUAUGUAAACCAAUCAAGCUAGAUGAAGAACAACCAAAACAAAUUAUAAGAAAAGAAGCUAGAGAAGCUUUGGAAAAGUUGGCAAAAAUCACUAGUGACGAGAAGAACAUAUCCCUUUCUUCUCAGCAAUGUUUAGAAUUAGCAGGCAUGACACAAGAGAGUCUUGAAUAUUCCAUGGGUGUUUUAGCCAGAAAAACUGUCAUAGUUUUAAAAAGGGAGCCUAGAGAAUGUUGGAUUAAUCAGUAUAACCCUCAUUUAUUAGAAGCUUGGGAUGCUAACAUAGAUAUACAGUACAUAGUAGAUGCUUAUGCAUGUAUUUGUUAUAUAGUGUCCUACAUCUCAAAAAAAGAGAGUGAAGAGGGUGAACUUCUGAAGGCUGCUCAAAAAGAGGCUAGAGAAGGUAACACUGAGGCUGUCAAUGAGCUCAAAACAUUAGGAAAAGUUUACAUCACUCACAGGGAAAUUAGUGUUAUGGAAGCUAUCUAUAGAUGUACAGGCAUGAAACUCAAGUGUUCAAGUAGAGAAGUGCGCUGGAUAGCAGCAGAUAAAGAUGCAACUAGGUUGUCUUUGCCUUUGAAUAUUUUAAAACAACAAGCCAAGGAAAAACGAUUGGAUAACAUAUGGGCUAAGUCAGAUUUAGAAAGAGGUCAAGACAUUUUACCCUCUGCAUUUACAUCAUAUGAAACCUUUCACAACAAUGCUUGUUUUGUUAUUAAUGAUGAAGAGAUCCCUAUUUAUGAAUUAGUGAACAGAAAUAGUGCACCCUUUGAAAAAGAUGCAGAGGUAAUUGAUAUUGCUCUACAACGAUCCCAUGAUGAUCAUGAGGAUGCAUGGGCUGAUAUUGCUCCAGGAGCUGAAGAACAAAGAAUCGAUGAUAAAAUGGACCAAAACUUGUCCACUAUAGGUGAAGAUGCAGUUGAGGAAGUUCAUCUCCCAGAUUUAGAAGCAGCUCUACCAGAUAAAAUUGCAUAUAGAAAAGGAAAUUUAUUUAGCGAAAAUCUUAAGUUACAGAUUUCAACAAAACAAGCAAAAAAUAUGCUUAGGUCUAUGAAUAUCCAACAACUACAUAUAUUUAAUUACAUGCGAAAUUGGUGCCUAGAAAAAAGUCAAGGAAAAAAUCCAAAACCCUUCCACAUUUUUCUUACUGGUGGAGCUGGAACAGGUAAGACCCAUGUGAUAAAUACUUUUCGGUAUGAAGCAGAAAACAUUUUGACAUCAGUAGACUCUCCUAAUGAAAAUCCAGAUGAUGUAAAAGUGCUAUUAGUUGCCUACACUGGAACAGCCGCAUUUAAUAUACAGGGUCAAACUAUUCACUCUGCUUUUGCUAUAAGAAGCCAAAAAGGUAAAAAUAGGAAAAAAUAUGUCCCAUUGGGAGAAGAGUUGCUAACAGAGCUUCGUGUAAAAUACAGAAGUCUGCAAAUUUUAGUAAUAGAUGAAAUUUCAAUGGUUGGUCAAAAUAUGAUGAUGAAUAUAAGUCAGCGACUGAAUCAAAUCAAACAGACCAACUCUGCCCAAGCUAUUUUUGGAGAUAUCAGUGUUUUAGCAGUAGGAGAUUUUUACCAAGUGGCCCCUGUAGCAGAUAAAGCUCUUUAUGUUACUGAUCCAGGCCAACUUUAUGAGUCAGAAUGGAACAAUUUUGUAAAAUAUGAACUUUCAAUAAUAAUGAGGCAAAAAGAUGAUCAGCCAUUUGCCAAUUUGCUCAAUGCCAUUCGUACAAAGAAAAAGGAAGAACAAUUGAAACCCCAUGAUAAAGCUAUGCUUCUUGAACGUGUGAAUGAUCAACUUACAGCAGAUUCAACAAAACUGUACAUUUUCCCUAGGAACAAAGAAGUUGAUGAACAUAACAAACAUUUAUUAGAGACACUUUGUUCUGACAUCAUUUCAAUAGAAGCAGCCGAUAUUAUCCAUUCACGGUCAGGACAAACAAAAAGAAAGAAGGUUCCUUUUGCUAAAGACUCUUUAGCUUUAAAACCAUUGUUAGAAAUUGCUAUAAAUGCAAGAGUCAUGCUUACAACAAAUCUAAAUGUUAGUGAUGGACUUUCAAAUGGUGUUAUGGGUACUGUUGUGAAGAUUGAACAAGGGACGAAACCAUUAAAUCAACCACAGUACAUCUGGGUGCAUUUUGAUAACCCCAACAUAGGCGCAAAUACCAGGCAACAAACAGUAAGACCUGAAAAUAUCCCAACAAACAGUGUACAACUCCAGCCACAUGUAGAACUUUUUGACCAUCAGUCAGUAAAAGUGGCUCGAUACCAGUACCCUCUUAAGUUAGCAUGGGCCUGCACUGUUCAUAAAACUCAAGGGAAAACUGUUACUGAUGCAGUGGUUUCAUUAAAACAUGUCUUUGCACCAGGUAUUGGGUAUGUUGCACUUAGUCGUGCAACUAAAUUAUCAGGUCUGCAACUUCAAAGUUUUGAUCAAACUGAUGAAGCCAACUUGUAUUGUGACAUUAAAGUAGAUGAUGCUAUGAAGGCCAUGAGUCCUCUUAACCCAGACAUAUUACCACUUUUAAGACCCUUACAGAAAACACUAACAAUUGUAUGUCACAACAUCCAAUCUCUACCUGCUCAUUUCACAGAUUUAAAAAGUAAUCCAGAAAUGGCUGUGGCAGAUAUUGUGGGUAUUACUGAGAGUUGGCUACAUAGCAAUGUCCCGUCUUCUAAAUACUCUAUUCCUGGUUUUAAACUCAUAAGAUGUGAUCGUCAAAAUGAUACCUCAAGAGGGGGAGUAGCUGUUUAUAUUCGCAACACAUUGAAAGUAAUGGAGGUCAAAAACAACUCUGUUACAGAGCCAGGUUUUGAAAGUUUAAGUAUGACAAUCAAUGGUUAUUAUAUAAGCUUUAUGUACCGUUCACCAUCAAUU